AUGGAAACAGGAAACACAAACAAAGUCGAUAUCCCAAAGUUUGACUUGGCGUCGACUCAUUUGACCUUUGAAGAGUUCGAUCUACCCUUGUCCAACCAGAGAGCACUAGGACCACCCCAUCCUACGGGUACAGUUAUCCCACUUGCUUUGAGACCAGUCCAAGGGGAUAAGACAUGCAGACUUGAAGAAGUGAUCGAAUCGAUCGAGGAACUACAGCGUAAGGACAAAAUUUUGACCAAAAAGCUCGCACGGCAUGGAACACUCCUAUUCCGCAAUCUUCCUAUCAAGACAGCCGAUGAUUUCAGCAAAUUCGCACAUGCAUUCGGAUACAGCCCUCAUGAGAUUAUCGGUAUCGUCGUUGAGAGAUCCCUUCUUGCUCCGAAUGUUGCCCCAGCAAACGAGUCUCCAAAAGAGGUACUGAUCUAUAGCCACAACGAGUCCCCGCAAGUUCCCCAUGCCCCGGAAUAUAUCUUCUUCUAUGGACAUCGUGUUCCUUCCAAAGGAGGCGAGUCCCCGAUCUCAUCAUCCCUUGAACUCUUCAAUCGAGCACAACAGGAGAUUCCAGAAUUCAUCGCCGAGCUUGCGGAGAAGGGAAUACUGAGUCGGGUGCUUUAUAAGGCAGAGAGGCAAUACAAGGGUGGAUCCACACUUCGGGAAGCAUUUGGAAAGGAAAUUGUAGAUGGGGAUAAUGAAGAGACAAAACGGCAGAAGAUUGAGGGACAGAUUGCUCGCUAUGGUCGAGGCAAGCAUACAACUUGGGAAUGGGUAGAUGAUGGACUCAUCCUCACACAUCGAUUACCCGCCGUCCGAACCCAGCCAGGGACAAAUCUACCAACUUUGUUCACAGGCCUAGCUGCGUACUGGAAGAGAUUACAGAUGAAUUCAGCACAGAAAAAUGUUACUCAGCAGCUUUUCGGUGAUGGGACGCCGAUUCCUGAGAAGUAUCUUGCCCAUCUUGCUAAGAUUACUGAUGAAAUUCGUGUUCUGCAUCGUUGGGAAGAGGGCGAUGUCUUGGUCUAUGAUAAUGUUAUCGCACAGCAUGGGAGACAACCAUGGGAAGGUCAUCAAUCCGAUCGGGUCGUUUUGGCGAGUCUCUUCGAUGGUGAAAGCGUACCAGGGGCAUAUGGGUUUGGUGAUUGGGCUCAAGUUGUGCCUGCCUUGAGCUGA